GUUGAAAUAAUAUUUAAUUUAUUUGAUUAGUUUAAAUAAUGGAGGAUAAAAAGAUUUCUAAUAAGCAGAGAAGGACUUUAAGGACAUUGGAUAGAUCUUUAAAUAAUUCAACUAUUUCAAAAAUGGGCUCCACAAAGAUAGACACCCAAAAUAUGAUGGUCAAUAAAUCGAUCAAGAUAUCACAAAAUUUGGAUACUCUAAAUGAUUAUUCAAAACUCUCGACUACCUAUCAUGAAUAUAUUAAAGGCAAUGACAUUACAAAUGGUAUUGAAAAUAGGAGAAGCUCGUCCAAAAAGAAAUUUAAAUAAACAUAUCUCUGAUGUUAAAAAGAGGUUAUCCAGGCUGAAAUAAGCUCUCAGAUCAGCAAGAGAAUAGCAUUCUUCAGACUAUUUCUCCUGAUUGCCAGAACCCACAACCUUUAAUACGGAAUUCUAUCAAUGGGAUGUUUGUGAAGAAAACUGAAGGAAGGAGGAUGAAUCUUCAUACUUCGAUGAGUGUGUCCCCAGACUCCCAUUCAAUCAUUCCUUCAAAUAUGUUUCAGCCUAAUUUGGGUACGAAGAAUAAGAGUAGACUGAGUUCUAGGAUUGGAGGCAAGAUUAACAAGAAAAUUUAUACAUAAAGAUGAAAAAUGUGGAUAUUAAGGACUGCAAGCGGAACAAAACCUCUUCUAGGAUUAUAAAGCCUAGCAGUGUGAAGGAACUAAACAGAGUCAAUAGCCUUCUUCAUAAACUCAAGGAAGUGACUAGAGCCAAGGAAAACCUGGCUAUUGAUAAUAAGACCUUGAAGUUUAAGCUAGCUGAACUUCAGAAAGAGAAAUGCUCUCUAUCAAAAUUAACCAAGAAGCUCAACAAGGAUUCUAAACUUUCCAAGUCAGAUACAGACUUCAUUGUCUUGAAUAAGAAAGAAUAUGAGGAAUUCAAGAAAAGGUACUGAGCCAUGGCUCAAGAGCUGGAGCAAAUCCAACUGAUGUUUUCUGAUCUAUGCAAACACUCUAUUCUCAGAGAAAAGCUUGCAGAGAAUUACUUAGAUAAUGCACUACAAUUACAAGAUGAAAUACGACGGUUCAAGAUAAGGGAAUCUCUGAAUACACAGAAUCUAGAGACUAAGAUAAAACUUCUUCAAGAGACUUUAACAAACAGGAACAAAGAAUUUAGUGAAUAUGAAGGUGUGCAGAGGAACAAUGAGCACCUUCUAUCUCUUCUUGAAAAAUAUGAUGAUAAGGUGACUGAGCUUCAAACUGAGUUAGACCUCAGGAACCUCAAGCUGGAACAACUCGAAGGCAAGGAGAAAUAAGCAUACCUUAAAAUCCAUGGAAGAAAGAGUUCAAUUUCUAGUAGAUUUAUUGGAAAAAUGCAAGAACCAGCUCGGAGAGAUCAGUGAGGCAGAAGCAGAACCUGCUAAAAAUGAGAGCAAUAGUGAUAUCAUUGAUCAGAUGCUACAGAAGGAACCCAAACCUUCAGGAAGAGGCAGAGAAGUAACUUAGUAUCAUAAUAACUAGAUUUUUGAGGAUUAUAAGAGACAUAUAAUGGCAGAAGAUAAGUUGUUACAUCGACAGCAUCGGAAACAUCAAAAACAGCGUGUGAGGAGGCCCAGAAAUAACGCUUCCUUAGACUCCUUAUCCAAGGUUAAAAGACAGGCUUUA